AUGCCGUUAGUGUGGGAGCACAUGACCAUAUAUGGAACACCGGCUCAGUCUGGCUCGAAACGGAGAGGAAGAGAGGGACUCAAACAUCACCGCUGUCAGCACUGUGACAAAUCCUUCACACGAUCUGAACAUUUAAAGAUUCAUCAGAGACGGCACACUGGAGAGAAACCAUACAGAUGUGACCAGUGUGGGAAAGCUUUUAGUGCAUCAGAUCACUUAAAAAGGCACCUACGUGUUCACACUGGAGAGAAACCUUACAGCUGCGACCGAUGUGGGAAAGCUUUCAGGACAUCAGGUGAACUAAAAGUCCAUCUACGUGUUCACACUGGAGAAAAGCCGUACAGCUGUGACAUGUGUGGGGAAGCGUUUACUCAGUUAGGUAACUUAAAAACGCAUGAAUAUCUGCACACUGGAAAGAAACCGUACAGCUGUGACCAGUGUGGGAAAGCUUUCACUACAUCAGGUGAACUAAAAAGGCACCAGCUUGUUCACGCUGGAGAGAAACCGUACAGCUGUGACCAAUGUGGGAAAGCUUUCACUACAUCAGGUGAACUAAAAAGGCACCAGCUUGUUCAUACUGGAGAGAAACCGUACAGCUGUGACCAAUGUGAGAAAGUUUUCACUACAUCAGGUCACCUAAAGUUGCACCUACGUGUUCACACUGGAGAGAAACCACACCCCUGUAAUAUGUGUUGGAAAGCUUUCACUACAUCAGGUAACCUAAAGUUGCACCUACGUGUUCACACUGGGGAGAAACCGUACAGCUGUGACCAGUGUGGGAAAGCUUUCAGGACAUCAAGUGAACUAAAAGUCCACCGACGCGUUCACACUGGAGAGAAACCAUAUUGGUGUGACCAGUGUGGGAAAAUGUUCACUACAUCAGGUCACCUGAAGUUGCACCAACGUGUUCACUGGCGAGAAACCGUACAGAUGUGACCAAUAUGGGAACAUUUUUAGUAACAAUUGUUCACCUAAAAAACAUAAAUGCAUUUACAAUGCAUUGUUCUAAAGUGUUUUAGAGCACAGCUAACUGUUUCCGUGUGAUGGAGUGGUGUCAUUCGAUGACAGUGGAGGAACUUGGAUUUGUUUAGAGAGUAUCCACGCACCCGAACUUUAAAAUAUUGCAUUGUAUUGUUGUGUAUAGUUACGAUUUUGUUUUCGAUGACCAUGGUUCAUUUACUGAGUUGCCCUAAUCAUAGUCCAUAUUGUAGCAUGAAUGUUAUGACCUUAUUGAUUACAUCUCAAUUAUAACGUGAUUAUGGUGUUUUUGUGUUUUAAAUGAUAAUGAUUAAUAAGCCAAUGAUAAUACUAUAUGAUAUUCCCUCUGUAUGUGUUAUUCAUUAGUAUUUGCUGAGUAACUAUGACUAAGCAGGUUUGUAAGAAACCCAGUACUGGAAAGUCACAAAUAGAUAAAAAGUUAAUAAGGGACCAGGUGCAGCAGGUAAACAAGUGUUAGGCAGAGGAGCAAGGAUGGUUGCGACUGAGUUUGCUGAAGUUACAAGGACAAUAGCUUGUCAAGACUCCCCAGAAUAACAUAUCAGAAAAACAGCCACUAGAUGGCAGCAGAGAAGAAGAAAUUCACCAUCAGAACAAGCCACAAAUGGGUGUGGUCAGUGAACGCAGAGGAGGAGUAGGAGUAGGAUUGAGUAGAACGACUACUUGAUAGGUGGAGACUGAGGAGAAUAUAAGGCGGUGUUCACUGACUGCGUAUUGAGUUUCAACCUGUUUCCUGCCAGGAUGUAACUCAGGUUUUUUACUGGAAUAAAAAAGUCUAUUGCACUGAUUUCCAGCAGACUAUAGAGACGUUGUUGACUACAUGUUAUUUUAUCAUGAAUAUUUUGGCCAGCUAUUGGCUAUUUUGACUAGUUAUUCAAAGUGGUGGACGACGUGGUUUGGGACGUUAGCUGGCCUUGGCCCAAACUUUGUCCCCCGUCAGUAUUUAUCCCACCAAAGAAGUGUUGCAAAGAUUUAAAUGUAAAAUUGAUUAUAACUGUGAUUUUUGCAAUUUAAAAAGAAACUGUAUUUCAUUUUUUAUACCACUCUGGAUUCUGGAAAGAUUUGGAACAUUUUAUCAACAGAAAACAGGUAAGAGUACAUUAAUUAAUGUAUUUGAUGUCAUGUUAUAUUUUGUACUUCAUGGUCCAGACAAUAUUAACUAUUGUGCAGCUCCUCAUCAUACUUGGAAAAUUCCACAUAUACAAAUCAAAAUGGACUGGAUCCAAACCCUGCUUCGAUUUACAGUUGAACUGAAACACUACUGCACCUCCAAUAGAAAAAAAUUAUAAAGCAAUAAAAUGUCUUAAUAUUCUA